CUUAUCCGUAUUAGAUACUGUUUGCAACAUUAUCACUCUGAGAAGCAUGGCUCCUGUCAUAACAGCCAUUGACCCUAAUCGCUUGUCAGGAUUAUUGAACAGUAAUCCUGGAAUAUGCACUUUGGAAGCAACGGUGGUUACUGGACUUGAAGAUGUGGCACAAGAAGAAUGUAAAGAGAAACUUGGGGCCCCAAGUAUUGUGGCAAGAGGAAGGAUAUUCAUUGAUAUUGAAGUUGAUCGUGUCUUAGAGGUUCUGAAACUUCGCUCAGUGGACAAUGUCAAUGUUAUACUCAAGAUGGUUACAAAUUUUGAUUUUCCAUCUGAACGGGAAAAAUGCUUUGAGAAACUUUACAAAUUUGCUGAAUCACCUGACUGGAGGAAAGGAAUGAAUGUAUGGAAAAUAGUAUUUGACUAUAAAGAUGAUCCUAUCAAAGAAAUUAGAGCAUUGGAAAAUGAUUUGGCUGAGCCUCGACCAGACUUGGACCUGAAGAAUUUGAAAGCUAGUUCUGGUAUUAUCUCAAAUCUUCCUGAAGAUAUCAUCCCAAAACAUUUGAGAACUGAAGAUGGAUCUCAACGCACUAAAGACACACUAAUUAAGAAUGCUACAGAAGCCAAUAAGGAUCAACAACUGACAACUACAAAUGGACCCAAGUUUCGAGUAAGCUGUAACAGAACUGGUUCCAGCCAUAAUUUUGGGUCACCAGAGGCUGCUCGCCAGUUUGGAGCUGGAGUUAAUGAAAUUGGUUGGCCUGUAGAUCUUUCCAAAUUUGAUCUGGAGAUCCUGCUGUACAUUGAUACUGAAUUUGUGUAUACUGGGGUGUGCCUUACAAAAGAACCAUUGUUUAAGCGCAAUCUUAGCAACUUUGGCCCCACCAACUUGCGAGCAACAACUUGCUACAAUAUGAUACGACUAGCAGCACCAAAACUUGGCGAUGUUGUUAUUGAUCCAAUGUGUGGUGGAGCAACAAUACCUAUGGAGGGUUCCUUAACAUACCCAAAAGCUUUCCAUUUGGGAGGAGAUAAUUUUGAGCAAGCAGUGAAAAGAAGUCGAGAAAAUGUCAACAACUUACUGAGAAAAGGUAAAUCCAUGCCUGUAGAUGUAGCACGUUGGGAUGUUACACACCUACCCCUCAGGAACAACUCAGCAGAUGUCAUAGUCUCUGAUUUACCAUUUGGCAAAAGGCUUGGCAGCAAGGUUGAUAAUCGGGUAUUAUACUACAGAGCUCUCCUGGAAAUGGCAAGAGUUACCAAGCCUGAGACUGGUCGAGCGGUUUUACUUACACAAGAUCGCAAUAGCAUGAUUAAGAAUAUCAAGAGAGUGCCUACACUAUGGAAAAGUUUGACAUCUCGCACAGUAAACAUUGGGGGACUAACAGCAGUGAUAUUCAUGUUGCAAAGAACUGCAUUAUUCCCGGAAGGUGUAAACCUGGAACAAGCAAAGAAGGAAGAAGAAUCCUCUUGACACACUGGUCUUGAUAGGGAUGUACAGCAAUUAAUAUUUUCAUAUUAAAAAAUUAUUAAAUCUCUUUUCAAGUU